UCCUUAACUUUCUGAAGAGAAGACGAACCUGAAAUGGGUGGGAGGUUUCUGCAAUUUAUUUGGCCAUUUCUUGCUGGAAGCCUCUUGUUCUUUAAUGCCUUCUCCUACUCCAAAAAGGCCCCAUAUUUGACGUUCAUUAAAGAAGCAAAGUCUGCACCAGAAGUAUCACUAUAUGACUACAUAGUGAUCGGCGGAGGAACAUGUGGGUGUCCCUUGGCAGCAACACUCUCACAAGGAGCGACUGUCCUUGUUCUUGAACGAGGAGGCUCACCCUACACCCAACCUGACAAAGUCAACCUUAAAAACUUCCUCAAUUCCCUCACAGACACCACCCCAUCUCCCUUCGCCCAGCAGUUCAUAUCCACCGACGGUGUUCUCAAUGCCAGAGCCCGGGCCCUUGGCGGCGGGUCGGUAAUAAAUGCUGGGUUUUAUUCGCGGGCGGAGCCCGGGUUUGUGAGGGAAGCCGGCUGGGAUGAGGGGCUGGUGGAGGAGUCGUAUGAGUGGGUGGAGAAGGUGGUGGCGUUUGAGCCGACGGUGAGGCAGUGGCAGUCGGCGCUGAGAGAUGGGCUGAAGGAAGUGGGCGUGUUGCCUUAUAAUGGUUUUAGUUAUGAUCAUUUGAUUGGGACUAAGGUUGGAGGCUCCAUAUUUGAUGACAAUGGUAAUCGGCAUACUGCUGCUGAUUUGUUGACUUAUGCUGAUCCCAAUUCCAUUUCUGUCUACCUUCUUGCCACCGUGCAAAAGAUUUUGUUUCGGGACAGUUCAGUUGAAGUUCCAGGCACAAAAAGUGGGAGGCAAGAAGCCUAUGGAGUAACAUUUAAAGACGAGAAUGGAGUCACACACCAAGCAUACUUGAAAGGAAAAGGUGAGAUAAUAUUGUCAGCAGGUGCAAUUGGAAGCCCACAAAUACUGAUGCUGAGUGGGAUUGGGCCGGCCCAACAUCUUCAGGCCCAUGGUAUCAAAGUGGUGUUGGAUCAGGCCAUGGUGGGGCAAGGCAUGGCUGAUAACCCAAUGAAUGCUUUGGUUGUGCCUUCUCCUCUACCUGUUGAACUCUCUCUUGUCCAAAUGGUGGGCAUCACCAAGUUUGGGAGCUAUAUUGAAGGUGGCAGUGGAUUGGGUUUGGGGAUUCCUUGGGUUCAUGCCCUUCAAAGGAUACUUGAGACUUUGUCCAAUAAGACGGGCCAACCCUCCAUGUUUUCCCCUCAAGCAAAUGAGACUAUAUGGACAAAAACUUUUGGAUCCCUUGGGAGUGUAAAUCUUAAAGGGGGAAUCAUAGUGGAAAAAGUCAUGGGACCUCUCUCAAAAGGCCAUCUUGAGCUGCAUACCACUGAUCCAAACGACAAUCCAUUAGUCACAUUCAACUACUUCAAGGAACCUGAAGACCUUAGGAUCUGUGUUGAAGGCAUGAAAACCAUCAUUGAUGUGAUAAACUCCAAAGCUUUCUCAAAGUUCCGAUAUAAGAAUGUGCCAGUGCGAGCCUUAAUUGACUUGGUCUUGAGCUUACCAGUGAACUUGAGGCCAAAACAUCCAAGUGCUGCUUUCUCUUUGGAACAAUAUUGUAUAGACACUGUCUUAACAAUCUAUCACUAUCAUGGAGGCUGCCAUGUUGAUAAGGUUGUGGAUCGAGAUUAUAAAGUUAUGGAUGUGGAUUCUUUGAGAGUUAUUGAUACUUCUACCUUCUUUAGCUCACCUGGGACCAAUCCUCAAGCUACUGUAAUGAUGCUUGGAAGGUAUAUGGGGCAGAAGAUUUUAAGAGAAAGAUAGUGAAGAGGGUCCUUGAGUCCUUGUUUAAUGUUUUGUCCUUCGCUUUGCAGUAUCUUUCGUCUGCGUGUCCAUUCUAAGUAAUCAGAAAUUAGUGAUAUUUAAUCCACUACUUCUAAGUAAAUUACAAGGUUAUGAUGUUAAAAAUGCCUUCUUCCUUCUUUACACGCGCCCAUAUCGCAAAUAUAUAGAAGGGUGACACACAGCUAUCACAAUUACAUACCAAGCCCUCGUCUUCUUCUUUUUGCAAAAAUGCAUGUUGCAUUACCGUACCUUUAUUAA